UGUGCACGAAGAUUGAAAGCAACAAAAAGAAGAAACUUGGUAGGAAAGGUGGGUGAUGAAGUGAAGAGUUCUGCGAUUGCGAAUGGAAGUGAGCGCGAAGGUGAAGGUGGGUGGGUUUCUAUGGUUGGAGGGUUUGGUUGAGGCGUGUUGCCUUCAUCGCGUUGUUAUUCUGUGUAUGAGGUCAAACAACCUAUUGAUGCGAACUGGUCAGUGUUUCCUCUUAAAUGGUUUCAUCUUCUUAGGAAGUAUAUUCGUCCUAAACUCGGUUGUCAUCCCUGCAUUGUGGUGGAUAUUACCUGACCAAAGCUCACAGUUUGUUUCUCAUAAACUCUGUGACUUAGGUGGCACUUUGAAAUUUUAUUCUUUCGUACGUCUUGCACUCAUUCAGCUCUUUUAUGUGCUUUGGUUUUACCCAUUAUACGUGUUUAGCAUAGUUCUUAGCACAAUUUGGUACAACGACAUUGCGAAGUAUGGGUAUGCUGCAAUGGGAAGAUCUAAGUUUACUGUAGAGAAAGGCUCAAGCCAAAACAACUCACCAACUUUACAAAAUGCUCAUCAUGUAAAAGGACCAUCUGGCUUGGGAGGGGUCAUGAUUGGAAUAGGACAGCAGGUCUAUUCAAUACUCCUUUUGAGUGUUUUUUUUCUUGAGGUCUAUGCAACAGGAUUCAUACCAUACAUAGGGAAGCUGCUCAACUUCUUACUCCUUUCCUGGAUGUAUGCAUAUUACUGCUUCGAGUACAAAUGGAAUUUCAAUGAAGUGGCUCUUGACAGAAGGCUGGACUACUUUGAAUCUUACUGGCCAUUUUUUGCUGGUUUUGGGAGCCCUUGUGUUCUGGCCAUAUUCUUUUUCUCUCCCCUUGUGAGUUACGGGAUUAUGGCUAUACUUUUCCCACUGUUUGUUCUAACUGCAACUGGGUCAGAGUCCGAGCAAGAAAUAUCCUUUGAAAAACACAGAUGGAGAGCUGCCGGAGUAGAAAGACUUCCAAUAUUUUAUGUUGCAGACAAAGUGUCGAUGUGGAUGCUAUCUCUUUUACCCAUGGAAAAAGGGGACCAGGUGCAAGACAGAAAAGCACAAUAAGGUUGUCGUAGUCAGUUAUUCUGGCAUGGCAUAGCAGAUGACAAGACAAAUUCUAUGUAACAAGCUGAUGGGAUGGGUUGGUUGCACACGUGACUUCAGAAAGUUAAAGCUACUAACCACUGCCAGACCAAAUUCAAAAUCCAUCAAAGUGUGGACCACGUUACAGAGAAAAUUACUGUGUAACAUUAUAAUUUAUAUAGACAUUAUGCUGUAUUUCGUGUACAUGCAACGUGGAUUCUUUGCGCGUAAAUAUAUUAUAUUUAAAGUGACAUGCUCAUUGAAAUGUGAAGUGUGCUGAUAGUAUGUGCAUAUAUCCCUGCCGUCGUACUGAGUUACCAUCCUAGUUACUAGGGUGUGAAUCUUUAAUGCAGUGGUGGGCUUGAGAUUAUUUGUCAGUUCAAGUAGUAUGUUUGAUUUCUCUAAAGCAAAACCUCGGGUUUAUGUGUCUGUACACACACAGACUGAAAAAAU